AAAUCAAAUUUGAAGUCAAAAGUGAUUUCAAACAAACAAACGAAAAUUUUUCUGUAAUAUUUUUGCAAUCGAAGUGAAAAUUAUAAAUUUGUAGUAAAAAUGCGUCCACUUCCACAAUUAUGGCGCAUGGCUGAGGAAAUGCAGCGUUUGGCUUUCCCACGUCGAUCACCAUUCUCGGCAUUUUACGAUGACUUCUUUAACGCACCGUUCACAUAUUCACCAUGGAGUCGUUUAAGUCGUCUACAACAGGACUUACAAAACCAGAUUGAACCAAAGUUGGGCAAAGAAGGCUAUCAAGUGUCGUUAGAUGUUGCACAAUUCAAACCCAAUGAAUUAACCGUUAAAGUGGUGGACAACAAUGUGGUCGUAGAGGGAAAAUAUGAAGGACGUGAAGACGAACACGGUUUCAUUUCGAAACAUUUCGUUCGCAGUUUCAGUCUGCCCCAUGGUUUCAAAGCCGAUCAGGCCAUUUCAACACUUUCAUCGGAUGGCAUACUAACGGUUAAUGUGCCCAAACCCGCUGGUUUGGAGGAUAAUGCGGCAGAACGUGUGAUUCCUAUUCAACAGACCGGUCCAGCACACUUGAAUGUAAAGGAGAAUCCGGCAGUGGAGGAUAAGAGUGCUGAGAAAAAGGAUAAAAAGUGAACCAUAUUUUUGUUUUAAGUGUUUCAAAUAAAAUAUAAUACAUGCAUAUACAGAAGUAGUGUUAUAGACUGUUAUUAGUUAUUUACGAAUAAAAAAGAAGACUGCAAAUCAUCAA